CCUCCACUCCGCCCAGCGCUCGAGACGGAGUGUAAGUGAAAGUCGCGAGACGCGGGGCAGCCACGUAGUGCUGCGGUGGGGGAGACCGAGUACCAAGGAAAGGAGCGAGUGGGCGAGCUGGCUGGUUGGCUGGCUGACAAGCGCCGGCUGGCGGGCGGGGAGAGCAGCGCACAGCUCGCGCUGGAACGUAGGAGAAUGGGUGGAGGCGGUGCGACGCUCGGCCUGGAUGCACAUCUGAAACGAUUCCUGAUAUUUUUCAAUACAAAGAUCCCUAGGACUACACAAAUAUUUGUCGUAAAUGAAGAAACAUUGUGAUGGGGUCCACCCUUCCACCACAAAUGAGGACUCUCUUUUGGGUCUUUUAUGUAUAGUCCUGAUCUGCUGUCCUGUCAUUCUGCACCUCAGGAGACAUGGACGGCAGGCAACACUUUCCAUCCUGUUGAAGGUCCUUUCACAGAAUUUGCCUGUCUGAAAAGUGUUGAAUACUACAAAGUCCUGAAUGAUAAAUGCUGCUGUUGCCAGUUCGAUGAAUCAAAUUGCCAAUUCUUGCCAGAAGGCAAGUGACAGCUUUUCCUUGCAUGUGGCAGGGAUGGCACAAGAGGACACUCAUCACAUACAGAUCCCGCCCACGUAUUUUCACAGUGCCACCCAAGAACUUGACUUGUCAACCAAAGUUUACAAAAGAGAAACUGAGAGCCCAUACUCUGUACUGGCAGAUAGUAAAGUUGGGAUCAGACCUGUUCCUGAGCAAGACCAGCAGACUUUCUACAGAGAUGAAAAGACCAGCGAAAAGGCUGCAACAGUAGUAAGAGAUGGUGAGAAUUCUGAGGAAACCGAGGAGGAGGAGGAUGACGACGACGAAGAUGAAGAGGAAGACAAUGCAGAUGGUUCUUUUAAAAGGGAGCAGAUCAUUGUGGAACUUAAUCUCAACAAUCAAACUUUAAAUGUUUCUAAGGGGGAUAAGGGUGUUUCUUCCCAAACCAGAGAAUCGUCAGAAAUUGACUCGAGCAGCAGUAGUGAUGAGGAAGAUACUGACGAGACUGAGCACAGUAGUGAUGGUGAAGAAGGUGACAUUCAGGGAAACAGAGAAACAAAAGUGGAAAUGGUUGCAAUGCAGACAAGAAAGAGACUAAAAGCUGCUGCCAUUACCACCAGUCCCCCAGUAACCCGUGCUUCGAGGAGCAGACAAAAGAGUGCCGAUCCCCCUCAAGAGCAGGAGAAAAAAAGAAAGGUAACAAAGGAUACCAAGGCCUCUGCCAUGAGAUCUAAGAGUGAAGAAAAAGAAACUCUGACAUGUGAGAAGUGCCCAAGGGUGUUUAACACCCGCUGGUACCUUGAGAAACAUAUGAAUAUCACUCACAGACGCAUGCAGAUCUGCGAUAAGUGUGGGAAAAAGUUUGUUUUGGAGAGUGAGCUUGCGCUUCACCAGCAGACAGACUGUGAAAAGAAUAUUCAGUGCGUAGCCUGUAAUAAAUGCUUCAAGAAGCUAUGGUCAUUACAUGAACACAUAAAGAUAGUACACGGUUAUGCUGAGAAGAAGUUCUCUUGUGAGAUAUGUGAGAAGAAAUUCUACACAAUGGCUCACGUCCGAAAACACAUGGUUGCACAUACAAAGGAUAUGCCAUUCACAUGUGAAACCUGUGGGAAAUCGUUCAAACGCAGCAUGUCACUGAAGGUGCACUCCCUCCAGCAUUCGGGAGAGAAGCCUUUUCGAUGUGAGAACUGUGAUGAACGAUUUCAGUACAAGUACCAGCUGCGGUCUCACAUGAGCAUCCACAUUGGCCACAAGCAGUUCAUGUGCCAGUGGUGUGGAAAAGAUUUCAACAUGAAACAGUACUUUGAUGAGCACAUGAAAACGCAUACUGGAGAGAAACCAUUCAUCUGUGAAAUCUGUGGCAAAAGUUUUACCAGCCGACCGAACAUGAAACGACACCGCAGGACCCAUACAGGCGAGAAGCCGUACCCUUGUGAUGUAUGUGGGCAGAGGUUCCGUUUUUCUAACAUGCUGAAGGCACACAAGGAGAAGUGUUUCCGAGUCACCAGUCCUCUUAAUGUGACAUCUGCUCCUCUGAUACCUCUCGCCCCAGCUUCUCCUAGUCCUAUGAUUCCAACUUCAGUGACCACCCCAGCAACCACAAGCUCAUCUGUCAACAUGAAUCCAGUGAGUGAGCUUCCUCCGCGGCCUCUCCCCCACCCGUUUUCACACCUUCAUAUGCAUCCUCAUCAUCACCAUCAUCCUCACUUACCUGUGCCACCUGUACCCCAUCUCCCACCUCCUCCAGCUCUCUUCAAGAGUGAACCCCUAAACCACAGAGGUCAAAAUGAAGACGCUUUCCUCAGACAUCUUGCAGAAAAAAGUGUGGGUGGGCCGCACCACUAGCCCUUUACUUCCCCAUGUCUUUUAAAAAGUUUGCACAGACUGCAGGUUAUAACUGUUAAAAGUACCAUGUCUAAACCAUGGGUGGAGUGCCGUUCAUCAUAAAGCCAGCAAUGGUGCAUACACCACAAUACAGUGAUUUAGUGUUAGAUCAUAGUAUGCCGAAGAGGAGUUGCCUGGCUUUGGACGAAGAAGAAUUCUGAUUAAUCUUUUUGUUUACCGUGACCUUUGAUGUUUUUAAAAAGACUAGUGUUGUGAAAUUUUUAUAAUUUCAUAUCAGCUGAUGAGGUAUGCCUGCUUUUAUACCAUGAACUUCUCCUCAGGGGUUUGAGGAAAUCUACCUUGCUCAUCUUCUGUUUGGGGGUUUUCUGGGGGGAGGGGAGCUACCCAGAGCAGUUAAGUGCAUCACUGUGUUAGUUUUGUAAGCUUUUAAUGCUGAACAGAUCGUGGUCUGGUUUUGGCAUUACAUUAUUGAGCAUUACAGAAGAAAGGGGUUCCCUUUUAUGAGUAGCCCUCUUAACGCACUCUUAUUUUACUACAGAAAUUAUUUUAGAGGAUUUUGUAUAGACUUAUUAGUAGUUUACAUUUCCAAAGUGAAAUGUAUAUCAUUAGGUGGUGUAUUUUUUUCAUGUAGCUGGAUCUAUGUUGUAUAAUAGAUUUUUUAUAAUCAUGAAAUGUUUCAUAUAGCUUAUCUAAUUGAAAAUAGUUAUUUGCGUAAGACCCCACCCUCCAAUCCUGUACCAUUCAGUGGUGCUUUUGAUCUCAUAGGAACCAUAUGUUACAGAGGGUUAGCUCCCUGAGGUUGUACGUUCCUUCUUCCUGUUUAGUGUAUAAUAUGGAGUUUUGCCAUAGUCACUGUUUAAGUGGAGAAAGAAGCGUUAGGGGCUUUGUCUCUUGCUGCUCCAGACAUUAAGUUGGGCAUUUUCCCCUUUUUGCUGGGAAAUGUCACUUCUAGACUUUUUUAACGAACUCGAACUGAUUUUGACAUUUUCUAAAAGUUUGGAGUAGGAAACUCAGAAUUGGCACUGUGUUGUGUAAAACAGUGACUUGUAACUUUGCCCUUUACAAGGGUAGCUGCUGGUUUGGAGGGUGCUAUGAAAGAGUCUAAGAAAUUAAGCUGAGUGCAUUCAAAGCUGGACUUUCAGAAGAGGAGAUAUGUGGUCACUUUAAAAGGUUUUGGUGUUCCUUGUUGUGACUGGCUGAAUGGGGGUCAGUGGGUUGCCCUUCAGUUUGUAUAGUCAUUAAGCAUUAUUUUCAUUUUACAGUACAUGAUAAAACUGACAUAUGUUGAGGUGUGAAAUGGUACAGCAGUGGCGGUUCUUCAAGCUGAAGUCAAAGGCAUAACAUCCAGUAAUGUUUUGUUAGAAAUUAAAAAAUGGGGCUGAUUAUGCUUCAGCAAAUGAA